UGUAAUUGCCGUACGACUGAAGUCCGUGGUUCGAUGCAACGUGGAGUUGUUUACUAUCUUUGACAGCUCUUUUGGGUUUUUAAGUAGAUGUUGACGCUCUAACCAGCAGCCAUCCAUUAGAAAUUGGACUGUUUGUUUAGACGAAGAAAUGGGAAAGCCAAAGAAAAAGAGUGACCUCAGCCGAGCUGAGCUGAUGAUGAUGACCAUUGCUGAUGUCAUUAAGCAACUGGUUGAAGCUCAUGAAGAGGGAAAAGACAUUAAUCUCAACAAAGUGAAGACCAAAACCUCAGCUAAAUAUGGACUUGAAGCCCAGCCCCGAUUGGUAGACAUCAUUGCUGCUGUUCCACCGCAGUACCGUCGUGCUCUGGUGCCCAAACUAAAGGCCAAACCUAUCCGCACUGCCAGCGGGAUCGCAGUUGUGGCUGUGAUGUGCAAACCUCACCGAUGUCCCCACAUCAGCUUUACAGGCAACAUCUGCGUCUACUGUCCUGGUGGACCGGACUCAGACUUUGAGUACUCCACACAGUCUUACACUGGUUAUGAGCCAACAUCCAUGAGAGCCAUCCGGGCCCGUUAUGACCCCUACCUUCAGACUAGGCAUCGGGUGGAGCAGCUGAAGCAGCUGGGUCACAGCGUUGACAAGGUGGAGUUCAUCGUGAUGGGUGGCACCUUCAUGGCUUUGCCUGAGGAGUACAGAGACUACUUCAUUAGGAACCUACACGACGCCCUGUCAGGACACACCUCCAACAACGUGGCUGAGGCUGUCAGGUACUCUGAACGCAGUAACACAAAGUGUGUGGGAAUCACAAUAGAGACACGGCCUGACUACUGCCUGAAGCGACACCUCAGUGACAUGCUGGGCUACGGCUGCACCCGGCUGGAGAUAGGAGUCCAAAGUGUAUAUGAAGACGUGGCCCGCGACACCAACAGAGGCCACACGGUGCGAGCUGUGUGUGAGUCUUUCCACCUGGCAAAGGACGCCGGCUUCAAAGUGGUCGCCCACAUGAUGCCUGACCUGCCCAACGUGGGCAUGGAGAGGGAUGUGGAGCAGUUCAUUGAGUUUUUUGAGAAUCCAGCUUUCAGGCCAGAUGGUUUGAAGCUGUACCCAACACUGGUGAUCCGAGGCACGGGGUUGUAUGAGCUGUGGAAGACUGGCCGGUACAAGAGCUACACACCCAGCGCCCUGGUGGACCUUGUGGCCAGAAUUCUUGCACUGGUGCCACCCUGGACACGAGUCUACCGAGUACAGAGGGACAUCCCCAUGCCGCUGGUUAGCUCAGGAGUGGAGCAUGGCAACCUGAGAGAGCUGGCACUGGCCCGGAUGAAGGACAUGGGCACUGAGUGUCGAGAUGUGAGAACCCGAGAAGUGGGCAUUCAGGAGAUCCACCACAAAGUCAGGCCUUAUCAGGUGGAGCUGGUGCGGAGAGACUACGUGGCCAACGGCAGCUGGGAGACCUUCCUCUCCUACGAGGACCCAGAGCAGGACAUCCUGAUUGGCUUGCUGCGUCUGCGUCGCUGCUCUCCACAGUCCUUCCGUCCUGAGCUGAAAGGAGGCGUGUCCAUCGUCCGCGAGCUGCACGUUUACGGCAGCGUGGUCCCCGUCAGCAGCCGAGACCCCAGCAAGUUCCAGCAUCAGGGCUUCGGUAUGAUGCUGAUGGAGGAGGCAGAAAGAAUUGCCAGAGAUGAGCACGGCUCUGGAAAACUAGCUGUUAUCUCAGGCGUAGGAACAAGGAACUACUACAGGAAGAUGGGCUAUGAGUUAGAGGGACCGUACAUGGUGAAAGAUCUGUACAGACCUGGCAUGGACUGAACCUGGACAAUGUUUUUAUCUGGACACAAAAGACAUACAGUUUCUGUUAUUUAUCAAGACAGUACUGUCUGGACGUGAUUCCUGCAGCAUUUUAAUGUUCUCAGAGGAGAUAAUGGCUGGGUUUUCUCUCAGCUCAUGCAUCUGCUUUGUAUCUGGAACACGCUCUGCAAUGCUGUUGCAUUUCCUCUGUUUUGUUUAGAUAAGGAGACAGCAUGAGGACGUAAGGAAUAAAGUAAAGUUAUUUGGGAUGAAGCCAGAGCAUCUUGCAGACAAAGUUUGGAGUUCAGCUUGAGACAGGUGACAUUUAAAAAUUUCCAUUUUAGUCUGCUCCUGUUUUAAAGCAGCACUAGAAUAAGACACAAACAAUUGGUAUUUUUAGCUUUCCACAUUGAAAGAAAUGGGUUCCACCAGUGCCUUGUCAGUGACCUCUGUUUCAGCAGUACUGAUUCAGUUUGAUGGAAAAUGACAAUGUGGCUGCUGAGGCAUUUUAAAUUCCACUGAAAUGUUACGUUUGUUCAGUGCUGAAAAUCGGAAUGUCUGGGUAUCUCUUAUAUAUUUUUUUUCAUCAUUUAGAAUGAGAAACCUGCUUAGCGUCUCGGUUUUGAGUUAAUCAUGUUUAUGUUGCAAUUAAACAGAAAACCCAUUAUGAGUCAAGCGUUCAUUAAAGGCUGGCAGUGGAUGAAUGUGUCCUCAUUGGUCAGCCUGUUGUGUAAUUGCCCAAUUUUGAUUUAUAGGGCAGGAAAUUGAAUAUUAGUGUUACAUAAAUUGCUUUUUAAAGCUCCACAGUUAAUCCUGUUUCUUGAUUUUCUGUCAUGCAUUCUUGGGCUUCAUGUAUUCUGGUAAACUCCAGAUGUUGAACACAUCACUUGACCAGUUUUUCCUCAGAGAAUAAAGUAUGUUUCAGUUAC